AUGGAUAAUGCCAAACCCAUGGGAAAUCCCAUGCACUCUAAUUCAAAAUUAGACAAGGGAGAAACUGAGAAAGAUGUAGAUGAGACUAGGUAUAGAGGAAUAAUUGGCUCUCUUAUGUACCUAACUUCCUCUAGACCCAAUAUUGUGCAAAGUAUUGAUGAUUUUUCUGCAGUUGGUUAUUGUGAUGUAGAUUUUGCCAGUGAUAGAGUUGAUAGAAGGAGCACAUCAGGCUUAUGUUGCUUCCUUGGAAAGUCCUUGAAUGUUUGGUCAACUAAGAAGCAGCCAACAGUGGCUUUAUCCACUGCAGAGGCUGAGUACAUAGCUGCUUCUUCUUGUUGUUCUCAGCUUAUGUGGGAUGAGACAAUUUUGGGCCGAGACAUUGUCUUGAAUAAUGAAACAAUCAGUGAUUCAUUGAAGUAUACUGAUGUUGGGCCUUGUGCUUAUACUUCUGUUAAGUGGGAUGAAGGAGUUGGUAUUUCUUACAAUGAUGCAUUGUAA